AUGCCUUUUACAGAGAUCAACGGCAAGACGCUAUUCUACAGCUGGAAGCCCGCCAGCAGGGCAGGCCUUACGCUGUACUUCAUCCACGGUCUCGGAAGUGCUCACAGCUUUUGGUCGCCCGUCAUUCCUGACCUCGUCGAUGCUGGCUUCUCGUGUCUGGCCAUUGAUGUUCCAGGAUUCGGCCAGUCACCAUACCACGGCAAGCCUCACACUCUCGAAGAGAUCGCAGACGACUGCAUCACGCUGCUCGAGAGUCUCGGAAAGUCCCUGGACCGGACUAUCAUCAUCGGCUCUUCCAUGGCCGGCAUCGUCUGCUGCGAGAUUGCCGUCAAGCACCAGGUUGCCGGCGUUGUUUCCGUCGGCCCUAUCUGCCCGGGCCCUGAGACCAAGGAGGCCUUUGAGCACAGAGUCGCUGUCAUUGAGCAGGAUGGACUGGAGGGCAUCGUCAACUCGGUAGACAUACCCACGCGGGCAACAGGAUCCAAGGCCACCAGGACCGCCGAGGCCUUUGUCCGAUCACUCAUCCAGUCAUCCAAUGCCGACGCCUACAAGUCGCUCUCCCAGGCCAUCGCCGAUGCGCCCGUUCCCCAGUACAACAAGAUCACCUGUCCUCUUCUGUGCGUCGCUGGACAGGAGGACCAGGUCGCCCGUCUGGAGGAUUUGGCCUUGAUAGGAGAUGAGCAUCUCGAGGUCCUCUUCGGCGUAGGACACUGGCACUGCAUAGAGGAUGCAGAGGGUAUGGAGGGAUGCCUGAGGCGGUUCGCGAAAAAGGUAGAAUCAAAGCUGCGAGCCUACUAG